ACAAUAACCUGUGCCUCUGGUCAAGUUCAGUCCAGUGUCCGCACUACAUCGCAAAUUUUUCUUUUUCUUCUCCCCUUUAGAUGAGUAACGCCACAGACUCCGCCGGCAAAAUCCCACCGGAGACGAGGCCCGCCGAGAGCGACAGUGGUGGUGAUAGUGGGCCCCGGCCCACGAUCAAGAUCAAUGUUAUGCACGGAUCCUCUCAACACGAGUUCCACCUCCCGGCCCAAUCAACUUUUGGGGAUGUUAAGAAACUCCUUGUCAAUAAAACUGGUUUAGAGCCUGUAGAGCAACGACUUUUCUUCAGAGGGAUAGAAAAGGGUGAUAACCUACAUUUGCACCUUGAAGGUGUAAAGGAUAAGUCAAAGCUUUUGCUUUUGGAGGGCACUGCUAGCAAAGAGAGGAAACUUGAGGAAACCAGAAAACAAAACGUAAUGUCUAAAGCUUUUGAGGCUAUUGCUGGUGUUAGAGCUGAGGUGGACAAGCUCUCAAAUAGGGUGACUUCCAUAGAAGUAGCUAUUAAUGGGGGGAACAAAGCAUCCGAGAAAGAGUUUCUUGUGCUGACAGAGCUGCUUAUGAGUCAAUUGCUGAAACUGGAUGGUAUUGAGGCUGAAGGUGAAGCAAAGUUGCAGAGAAAAGCUGAGGUGAAUCGUGUGCAGAACCUUGUGGAUAAAUUAGAUUCUCUAAAGGCAAGGAACGCCAACCCUUUUAGCAACAGUAGCAAUGCUGUCAAAGUAACAACCCAAUGGGAAACCUUUGACUCUGGAAUGGAAAGCUUGGAUGCUCCAUCCGAUAACCCGUCUUCCACAAAAGUAACUCAAGAAUGGGAGCGGUUUGAUUAGCUCGGAAACCGUUUUUGGAACAUCUAAGUUAUAAAUGUUGUACAACAUCAUAUUACUGGCCCUUCAUCAUAUUAGAGGUCUUGGCACAACGAUGUUGCCUUGUGAUAUGGUAGGCUGAAAUUUUAAUUGCAGAAAUGUUCUCUCCGCUGAGGUAAAGUUGCAUAUGUUUGAUCUAUCUCGUGCACUUAUUUUUAGGCAAAAUAUGUAAACCAAAUUGUAUUCUUGUUACUUGAAUAUAUUAUUGCAUCUUCCGAUCAUUUGGUUUGUC